AUGGACUCCGUCUUCCAUGGGCGUCUACUGCCUCGCCGCCCCGUCCUCGGAGACGUCACAAACCGCGCUAACGAGGGUCUGCAUAGCCAGCAACGCCAUGAAAAGCAAGACAAUCAAGACAAGCCAGUCUCUGCACCCAUGAAGAUUCCUCAAAAAGACCCUGUAGUCACAAAUGCUUCACUUGCAGUUCGCAACGACCUGGCGUCUCCAGAAAACAAGCGUCUCUCUGCUGUUCAAGCCCGCCAAGGUCGCCCUCCAAACUCCAAGCGCGAUUCAGAGAUUUCCAACGCAAGCACUAAUACUUCGAGCUCAAACCGCCGUCUCAAGACACACAUAGGCCCGUGGCAGCUGGGCAGGACCAUCGGUCGAGGCGGCUGCUCACGCGUACGGCUUGUCAGGCACUCCGGAACCGGUCAAUACGGUGCUGCGAAAAUCAUUUCCAAGGCCACAGCGGAGAAAGUCCGGGCGUUGAGCUUGGCCAAUCUUAUUCAGAGUGCUGAGCAAGAUCCAACUCUAUGCCAUGACGGCAAGGGGAUCCCGUUUGGGUUGGAACGUGAGAUCUGCAUUAUGAAGUUGUUGGAUCAUCCGAACAUCGUCCGCCUGUUUGAUAUUUGGGAGAACCGCGAUGAGCUCCAUUGUCUGACAAGCAUCAGCUAUCUCAUCAUGGAAUUUGUAGAAGGCGGCGAGCUUUUCGCCUACAUCCAAGAACAGGGCGGUUUGAUCGAAAUACACGCUGUCCAUAUUUUCCGCCAGAUCAUCGCAGCUUUGACCUACUGCCAUCGAAUCAACAUUCAUCACCGCGAUCUCAAGCCCGAGAAUAUUUUGUUGGACAGAGACACUAUGACAGUCAAGCUGGUUGACUUCGGCAUGGCUGCCCUACAACCGGUCGGGAAGAAGCUCACCACACCUUGUGGUAGCCCGCAUUAUGCCGCCCCAGAAGUCAUCAGGACUACAUCCUACGAUGGCGCAAAGGCAGAUGUCUGGAGCUGUGGUGUCAUCCUAUUUGUUCUGCUUAUUGGUGCACCACCUUUCAAUUAUUCGGGUGAUGAUCGCUACAUGAAGCAUCUAUUUCGCGAUAUCGCACAGGCCAAGUAUGUCAUGCCUGACAAUAUCUCUAGAGAGGCUCAGGACCUCAUCAGGAAGAUCUUGGUGCCUGAUCCCAAGCGCCGCAUAUCACUUGAAGAAAUCUGGAAUCAUCCUUUUCUACUCAAGUACCAACAGGAGUUGAACUUUUUGGGGGACAAUGCUCACCUCGAUCAUUGGACCGGCCCUUCUCCUGUCAUAGCUGAGUGGAUGGCGCUAGACCGGGCCACCAUUAAUCGUGACAUUCUGAGAUAUCUGCGUAUGCUGUGGCACAGCGAGAAGGAAGAGAGCCUGAUUCAAAAGUUGAUCAGUCCAGAACCAAACCAGGAAAAGUUCUUUUAUGCUGCUCUUCGCAAAUACCAUGCUGAUCAAUUGGAGAAUUACCAGCCAAGCUCGCAGUACGCUGUUGCUCAUUCAAACAGCGAUCAUCAUCACAGCACACGUCACGCACCUACACCCUUGGAAGUUGCAGAGCUUCCAUUGAGGCAUACCAAGCGCUCACAGUCCGCCUACUCGAUUCUCAAUAACGAGCAUCUUUACUCAAAGCAUAGCCUCUGUGAGACUCCAGCCUCCGAAGCGAGCUACGAUCCUUACCGAGCCUCGAGGCAGCCUAUAAUACCAAGUCCAGGAGAUAUCCCUCUCAGCCAGCAUGUUACUGUACAUCGCGGACGUGGCAGCCGCAGUGACAGGCCACGUCCCACUGCAGCUCUGGGACACCGAACCGGCAGCUCAUUGCGCACCCAGACUCUGCGAAAUAGAUCUAAACGUAGUUAUGCGACAUCGCGCAGUUCUUCGAGUCGAAGUAACCUAUCUUACCGCGCCUUUUCUGCCCAGAGGAAUUCGAUGUCACGGUCAUCACUCAUGACCUCUCAAUGGCCCAGUAGUCCACCUGUUGUUUCUCGCCCUAGCGGUAAAGGCAAGCGCGGUGUGAGCUUCUCGCAUCUGCGUGAUCGUCGGUUGUCGGCUGCUACUGGCAGUAGUUGGCAGACUGAGGUUGGGUCUUGUACCGACUACAUGGCUCACAGGCCUCACACCUCUAUUGGAUCGUAUGGAUCAGCCAUGAGGAACAGCACCAUCCAUUCGAACCCCAAAUCAAGAGCUCUUGCUGGUACAGAUCCUCCACGUCUAAAAUUAUACAGGCGGGAGAGCCCAACCAAAUACAUUCAGGGCGAGGUUCGGAAGGUCAGUAUGGAGCUAGGCAAGGUUAUGGAAGAGGCUUUUAAUCGAUCAUCUGUUGGUUCAAGUGUCUACUCGGUCACAAAUACUUAUAACAAUGCCUUGCAUUAUGACAGCCCUCCGACAUCUUUCCCAAACACGCAGAGUUCAGGCGGCAGUAUACUCACCACUCCCCCAGCUGCCAAAUGGCUGUCCCGAGAGCGACCUCUUCCACCUACACCGGCUGAGACACCAAACACUUUCGUUCAGCGAAGGCUCGCAGAGACCCGUGCGGAAAUCGCUCAAAGGAUUAUGGAGGAUGAGAUCACAGAACGUUACAAUAACCUCCUUGAGAAUCUUGAUCGCUUGAUGAUGCCUGCAGCGAUAGGAGGCAAGCGUAUUGUUUCGGCUCCCACCAAGUCUCCAGAACAUGGACCACUACAUAUGAUUCCAGAAGAGGUGAAAAUUGACAGCAGAGAUGGGUCGGGGAAUCUGGUUACUCAUCACCGGGUCUUCACUGAUCCGGUUAGAUCUCAGGGUCACCGUGUAGCAGCAGACCAGCAGCAGACGAUUCGUGUUGUCAAUGGAUCACCUAAUCGUGUAGCGCCUCUAAACAUUCGCAAGAAAAGCGGAGCAAGCCUGGAUUCAAAUAAGGCUACUAAAGAGACGACUGUGGCGCCAUUGCCUGCGCUGAAUAGUGAUUCUAUAGUCCGCCCAUGCCAGGACUUGCGGUAUGAUCUGCCUGCAGCAAGACUCAACAACGAUGUCUCUGUGCCUGCAAAGCAACACCCUGUGAUCCGGAAAAAGAAGUCUUGGUUUCGGCGAAACAAUGAUGAAAAGAACAAUGAUCAUGAUGACGAGGAAAACCAAUUUACGAAGCAAUCAAAUGGGUUACUCCAAAUCUCUGAGGCACGGUAUGGCCUUGAUGAUCGCACGACGAAAGACCCUGUGCCAUUGACGAAUGGCGGUAAUCCAAAGUGUAACCAGAAGCAAUCAGAUGAAAGCAAUGGGAGCGAGUUCCCUAUGCGCCACAAAGACUCCAAGCCUACAAAGGGCGAUAGCACAGCUCGCAAAGGUUUCCUUGCUUUGUUUGGGAAGAAGUCCAAGAAUGGCAAAGCAACUAGCCCGAUGGAAUUAAACGGUAAGCGAUUAAAGGGUAUUCAUGUCCCCAUACCAACUGAAAUUGCUUCAGAAGUCAGCUUUAGCUCCUCUUCUAUCUCUUCGAACUUUGAUCUAGGCCCCGACCGCAAUAAGGAUGUAGUCCGUAUCGCCCAUCCUGAGAUGCAGAUGAACUGGCUUUCGCGCUUCCUGCAUAUCAAGCCCACCAGCAAAACGUUGUGCCUACAAGUCGGUCGUGGCAAAGUUCGACAGGACUUUGUUCGUCUGCUGCGCGACUGGCAGCGCUUUGGCAUUCAGGAUGUGGCGUUGGAUCGCAAGUCCAACUCCAUCAGUGCGCGCGUUGAUAAAAACAAUCACUUGAAGAUCAAGCCUGUAUCCUUUGUCAUUGAACUCUUCGUCGUACUCGAACACGGGCGCCGCGCCAACCUCUGUCUUGCACGCUUUAUACAGACGCGGGGCGCAGCAUCCAGCUUUCGCAAGGUCGUCGAUAUUAUUGAAGACAUCUGUCGCGCUCGAUGUAUGCUGGUCGAAGACGAGCAAAAGAAAGCCUCGAUGAUGGAGGUCUUGGAUUAG